UCCAUGGCGACAUCGGUCAUGUAUAGGAAUGCGGUCAUUGUUUAAAAUGUUUGAACGGCAAUAAGAGUUGAAUCAUUCCAGCAUUGUCCUAAAGGGUAAAAAUGGGGUGCGGGAGCUCAAAGAUUACAGUGAUCGAGCCCGUGAAACCAGGCAGCGUGGAUGUAAAUGAGACUGUACCAGCGUGUGGGGCUGCCCGAGGUGACUCCGCUGUCUCUAAAAAGACCACAGACAGCGGAGUGGGUUUAGACACGGGAGAAGCAACUGUCUUACCCGUUCCGAAAAUACUUCCACCUUUACGAGCUCAGAGUCCAGGGCUGGCACAUGACACCCAGAGGCAAGAAUCCAGCGUGAUUCUGGAGCAACUGCUAAGUCAGGGCAUCAUUCCAGCCCAGCCAAAAGUCGGGGGUGGUGGAGAAGCUUACAACAUCAUAUUGGAUGAUGCAGAUAGGCCAAUGAGGAGGCCACCACCUCGUCUAGAGUCACUCAGGACUCGCAAAGAACAAGAGGUCACUAGAAAACAAGACGUUGAUGAGAAAAUGAGACAAGUAGAGGAGAGAAGAAAGGUCCGUGAGGAGGAGCUGCGUAGUAGGCUGAGAGCUAAGAGCGCGCGGCCGCGCGGAGCCGCUCCGACUGGUGCUGACGCUGGGGGCACCUCCGUGAGCCAACUCCACACUGCCGCUCCUCCAGCCUCGCACCUUCCAACAGCAGACAGAGAGCCAGGAGUGGGAAGCAGCGGAGGAGAGGUGGCCGAAGGAAGGCUGAGCGACUCUCCCGAGCUGGAGAACGACUCCACCUUUCAGAAGAGCGAAGACGCAGAUGAGCUCUUUUAGUAUGAGGCUACUCUUGUGGACCAUGACACUGAAGCUAGCCAGUGACAGCUUGUUUCUAUGCAGGUUAUUUUUGGCAUGAUACAGGUACAUACUGCAAUCGUGCAUAAGUUCUGGAAUAUUCACAAGCAUAAGGUUUUGCACUUGCACUUUAUAACACUCUAACUAGUUUAGAAUACUUGGUCUUUUUUAAAAAAAUACACUAUUAAUGAGUCACAUCAAUGCUGAUUUAACACUGUUUUAAAAUGUUCUGACAUUCAGCAUUUCAUUUCACAAGAAAGUCAUAAAUCAUUGUGGCUCCCAUGUGAGAUCCAUUAUUGCCAUUGAUUGCUUAAGUGAGGGAACUUAAAGAGAGAAAAUGAGAACUGAAGCAUAUUUUUUACUACCUAUAUUUUUUAAUAAACAACUUUCCAAAUUA